CGGGACACCAUGAACGUCCUCUCCGACCUGGCAAAGGCACUCUCGCCGCCUCCGCCUUAUACGUCUCCAGAGUAUGACGGCUUGGAGUACAGGUGGAAGUCUCUCGUCUUCAGACCCGCUUUGUUCAAGGUCGAGGCCUUCUUGUUUGCUGGAAUCGCGGUUUACUUCGCAUGGUACUUCAUCGGAAAGUCGCUCAAUAAGAGACGAGCAGAGGCAUGGGUGAACGCCCUCUCACCACUACUAUCCCAGCAGUUUUCCAAACCAUCAGCUACAUCGGGUUUAGUAGCUGACGGCCACUGUGACUUCUUCAACUUCUCAACUGGUCGGCGCAACGUUGCCUCGUUGCACAGUAUUAUCACGCUCCUUCCGCGUCAUGACUUCAUAAGGAUGCUUUAUCGUUUUGCAUGGGGAAUGAUUGAGCUCACUUAUAGAACUGAAGACGAGGUCGAGCUUGACUUCAAGCUUUUCCAGUCUUCUACCACCCCGGGCUUCGUCUGGGGUGUCGUAUCGAAGGAGAACUUGAGAACUAUCAAACAGGACAGAUGGGAUCUUACACUUACUCGAACUACGGAGAGUCCCCUUCUGAGCGGCGGAUACUGUGUCAUGUCGGAAUACGCCGAUAUAACCGAGACUCUGCUUAAACCUGGCCCUCUGAACAUCGGUACUGCAUUUAACGACCCCUCCGUUAGGCCCUACGUCAAGUCUCUAACCAUUACCGACCAACCCCGUGAACGCCCCGGCAUCCCCAUCCCAGCAGACCAACGCGAACGACACGUCAUCCUCUCCCUCCGCCUCCCCCCACAAUCCCACCUCACCUCAACUAUCCCACUCAUCAAAUCCAUCUUCACACUCAUCGACGCACUCGAAUCCAACCGUCUCUCCUUCCGCCCCGAAACGCGCACUAAACUCCGCAAAGCACGGGAAGAGCUCGACGAGACGAUACGUAAAGAAUCAGAAGCGGAGGAGAGAGAAGAGAAGGAAUUAGAUAAGGCUGCUGCGAGGAAGAAGGCACAUGAUGAGCGGAUUGCGAAGUUGAGUGCUGCGGAGCAGCAGAAGGAGUUGGAGAGGGGAAGGAAGAGACAGAUGAGGAAGGCUCAGGGAAGGAUCACGAAGAAGUAGUGGUUUUACUUGGGUUCGUUAUGAUCUGUGUUGUGUUGGAUGUGGUAAAAAGAUGUCUUACAUCCUUUUGAUUCCGAUCUACUGUCCGUAUAGUUUGUGUACAGGCCAGAUUUAAU